UCGUUCUAGUCAAGGCGGCCGCUGUCGUUCUUCAUCUCGAGUUUCGUCUGAAAUUUAGGAUGUCGAAGCAAGUGACCGCUGCCGGUGCAGCGCUCGCUGCCAUCGUUGACGCUAACAAGAAACUCACAGAAGAGGAGAUCGAGAGGCUGGUGGGGGCGGCCAAAGAGGCGCGGCAGAGAGCUCACUGUCCCUACAGCAAGUUCGCCGUAGGUGCGGCGCUGCUGACGGAGGACGGUAACAUCGUGCAGGGCGCUAACGUGGAGAACGCGUCCUACGGUCUCACCAUCUGCGGGGAGAGGUCGGCCAUAUGCGCGGCGGUGGUCCAGGGGCACCGGCACUUCAGCGCAAUCGCGGUGGUUACGGACGUCGGCGACGACUUCGGCACGCCCUGCGGCGCCUGCCGGCAAGUGCUGGCGGAAUUUUCAAUGGACAUGGAAGUUUACCUCGCCCAGAUGUCCGGCAAGUAUAUCAAGACGACCAUGAAGAAACUUCUGCCUGCAGCCUUCACGCCGGAUAAAUUGAAUAUUUAGUUAUAUUUGGGCUAGGUAUUUCUUAGGUCUGAAGUCGUAGCCUUCACCCCGGAUAAAUUGAAUAUUUAGUUAUGUUUAGGCUAAUUGUUAGGUUUGCAGUCGCUGCCUUCACCCAAGAUGAAUUGAAUAUUUAGCUAUUUUCUAGCCUGCCCUGAUGAAAUUUCUGCCUGCUGCCUUCACACCGGAUAAACUGAACAUAAUUUUUUUUAUUGAGACAAUUCUUUAGGUCCUAUAGAUGAAGGUUGAACUGGCUUCAGAUUUGGUUUAACUUAUUUCAGAUAAGACGAUGUCUUAAGUCCAUUAUGAUGACAGUUUCUGUGGCUAAUAUGUUUUUAUUCAGUAGUAGUCAAUCACAUAAUCUGGUAUUAUUGUCAAGAAAAAAACAAACUUGUGCCGAUUGCCACGGUCACAAUCGGACCUAUCAAGUUAAUGGACUAUUGCAAGUAAUUGAUCGAUGGGUUUACACAGUCUGUUUCAUAUGGUAGAAAAAACAAAUGCUAUGGUAAUAAAUCCAACCAUAUCAUUUAUUUUAUAAGGAUCCAUCAGAAUAAGCAAUCAUGUGCACCUUUUUUGGAUUAAAAUUCUAAAAUCAUCUUG